AUGUGGAAUCAAGUGUUGAAUAUAAACGGGUUUGCAUCAAAUGCUGCACAAGAACAAGCAGUUGAAUCAUUUGAUCCACAAGAAAAUGAUAUAAAAUCAAAUAUUGAAUAUAAACAGGAAUGUGUUUGUUCUUCAGAUGAUCACGGUGAACAAUCAAAAGUGUCAUAUGAUGGAGAAGACCAAUUUUGUUUCUCAACUCUUGAAUUAAAUUUACGAAAUGCUUUAUCCACUGAAGAAAUUGUUGCUCUUGGUGAAAUUGGUUCGGAUCUUAUAUCUUCCGGACAUCCAUCUAUUGUUAUUCAAAAAGAGGCAUUAAUUAAUCAAUUAAAAUUGGCCAAAGAAAUGAAUCUGUCAGUGAUGAUAACAUCAAGAAAUAGUUUUAUUGACACAAUUAAUUCAUCACUAAAAGUGUUAGAUUCCGACUAUUUGAUUAAUUGGAGACGAUUCGGAUACGGAAGUAUUGAAUUGGCUAUGUUAAAAUAA